UGCGAUCUGUGCAUUAGUAUAUUCGUAUAAAAGGUCUAGUGCGUAACAAGGUCGCUUGAAUCAACGACAGGCUGUGCGGGCAGGAUGAUAGCGAGUGACGUAAAGAUUCGGGAUGAAUAUGCUGGGAUUGGUGAAUACGUAGGCCUUGGUUUCGUCUGUUUAAACUCUGUACCCGCAUAGGCUUAUACAUCCAAGAAUAUAUAUACUACUUGUAUGAAACCUACACGAGCACGGACGCAAAGUUCCGCAACUGCGAGAUGAACCAAGAAAGCAGUUGGACCACAUCGACAGCUCUGUUAUUUUUCCUUUUUAACACGGCAACAUGUAACGUCUUAGUUUGGCAGUACAUACCAGAAUUCUGGCCAGAUGACAUAACACCAGAUCGAUGGACUGGUUACAAUUACGCGCGGAGUUCGGACGUUCAAGAUUUUGUCACGGCAAGAGCCCAUUGUCGCAGCUACAGCAGACCGGGAAUAAAGGUGGACAUCCUUGGCGAUGCCUCAGAGCCUUUGGUCAAGCAUGUUUUAAACGAAGUGAGUGGCGCUGCCGAUGACGACAGGGUGUGGAAACUUCAGGAAGGCGGCCAUGACUCCUCGACAGGCAACUCGACCAUGUGCCCAGUCUACGACUUUAGGGUUGGAAAUGAAUCGUUCGCAUCCUGCCAGGACCAGUUGAAUUACGUUUGCUUCGUGAAGAAGGGACUUGAUAUGAAGACCAACCCAAAUUCGUACUGGUAUUUGUUGUUACCGGAACCAUCGUCUGCCGCAGUUAGUUCCAAUGCCAGUGUCCGGCGCCUUCUCGUGCUGUCCGCUGUUGUCCUCACAGUGUCAUUCAGGUGGAUAGAGUUCUAAUUAAUUUACGAAGACAUUGACCAAGAAAAGUCCUGACAUAUUCAAAUUUG